AUGGCUUUGGCUAAGAAUAAUUUCUCUUCCAAGAAAAUUAAUUGCUCGAAGAAAUCAGUUGAAGCGAAUUCAUUAAUGAAAGAUGAUUUAGACGAUGCUGAAGAAUUGGUUUUCGAUUUUGAAGCAUAUCCCAUGUGCAAUGCAGACAAAGAAGGCCUUGUAAAUCUGUUAACUCAGGCAUUUAUUAUUAUAUUUUUUGCAUCUAAAAUAUUCCUUCGGGCAGAUGUAGAUGUUAUUCGAAUGGCUGAUAUUUUGGUUGAGCAAUCUCCAUUUGGUUGUGUUUAUAGAGUUACGUCUUUGUUGUUUGAUUGUGAACAUCUGAAUUUCCCUCUUAUCCCUGCAGAAGAGUUUAUCGAUGACGAUGAUGAAGGUGUUGUAUACGGUCUUUUAUCUAUGUUGAGUCUGAAAGAAAAUCAGAAAUUUGUUGCCGAUAUUUGGUCGCUAUUAAAGACAAAAGCUCAAAAAUAUGCUAUUGAUAAAAAAAUAUUGUCUUUGCUAGAUAAUUUGUCAGCACUAAAUUCGACGAAUUCUGUUGGUCUUUUGAUAAACGAAAGAUUGCUCCAUUUUCCUACAGCCAUUGCUUCCCCUGCCUUCAAAUCAUUAGCCGACGACCUAAAAAAUUAUGGCUCUCAGUACUCCUUUUCUUAUGUCGUAUUAUUUCUAAAAAUUCGAGUAGCUGAUAAUGGGAAUGCUAAAGAAUUCACUAACUCAGAUUCUUCAAAUGAAUCUAGAAAGAGAAAAAAAUUAACCAAAGCACAGAAGAAACUCAUUGCAGCGAAUGCGAUUGCUGAUGCUGACAUCGUUUUUGAUAAUCGUGAGGAGGAACUUUUGUUUCAGUGUGAUUUGAAGUUCGAUUAUUUUCAAUAUCCGGUUCAGUCAGAUGUGGAAAAGGAUUCAAAAUUUAAUUCGAUAAUAUUGAAAGGUGUCCUUUUUCGACCAUACCGGCGUGUUUGCUUUCUAGAGAACAGCACAUUUCGUCGAUAUGUUGAAAUUGUUAGUUCAGCAGAUUUUGGUUAA